GGGGGUACCGUACACCUAAGAAAAGAUAACUCUUACUGAAAUUCUGAAUUAACUUACGUCAAUAUAGCGUUUUAAAAUACGCCUCAUAUUACAAGCUUUUAUUGACCUUGAAUAGUUGUUUACCUGUUGAUAUGAAGCAGACGAUACAUCAAUGUUAUAAUGGAACAGCGUAAACGUGAUCCGUUUGGUAAAUUUUCGAGGUCUAAAUCUGCCGAUAAGAAAUCAAAUCGUUCAGAUUACUUCAAAUGGUUAAAUGAUGGCAGGAACUUGGAAGAUUCUCCGGAAGUCGGCUUGCGUAAUGAUCAUGGCAAUUACGUAUACGAGUUUCUUGAUGUUGGGGCCGAGGCUGAAUUGGAAGAUGAUAACAAGUCUGAUGUGUCAAAAUCUUGGACAAUGGGGAGAAGAAUUGUUGAGUUGAAUGUCCUAGCAAAAGGAAUGUAUUGCUGCACUUGCAAGUGUCCGCUUCACCUGUCAAAUAUUGUAGGAGAACGAUUGUUUGGGCUAGGUGGUCUACUGAUGGUGGAUUGUGAACUGUGUCAUACUGUAACUGAUGUCCAGUUUGGGAAGAGGGGGCCAUCUGGAAGUUAUGACAUCAACACAAAAGCUUCCAUAGGAAUGAUACAUGCAGGGAUGGGCCCAACUCAUCUGCAGAACUUUCUAGCAGAAUGUAACCUGCCAUCCAUUACAGAGAGCACAUUAAGGAAAAAAGAGAAAGAAUUAAGUGGACAGAUCAAAAAUGUAACAAUCCAGUCGUGCAAUAUGGCACAAAGAGAGGAAAAGUCACUCAGCACAAAUGGCAAUAUUGAAGCAAGUUUUGAUGGUGGCUGGCAAAAGAGAGGCUCCGGUUGGAAUUAUAAUAGUAAUACAGGACAUGCAACUUUUAUUGGAAAGGAGACAGGAAAGGUGUUGUCCUUUGAAUUAAGAAGUAAGACUUGUAAGAUUUGUGAAUUCCAUCUUAAUAGAAAAGAGACUGUUCCGGAGCAUGAGUGUCAGUUGAAUUGGCAUGGCUCUAGUAAAUCCAUGGAGGCAGAUAUGGCGGUGUCUAUGGCCCACAGAUUAAAAGAUGAUAAAUGUGAAAUUAAUGUCAUACAUGCUGAUAAUGAUGCAGCAACAUCAGCCAGACUUGAAGUUGAGUUUGAAAAUAUAAAGAAAAAAGAUGACCAGAACCAUGUAAAGAAGGGUAUAUCAACAAGCUUAUAUAAUAUUUCAAAGAGUUACAAAGAAUUGCAAAAGGAUGAAACAAAACAAUAUAUUUUGAGGUGCUUUAUGUAUUCCAUUAAGGGAGGUGACAAUGAAGAUGACAUUAAGAUUGGGCUGCAAAGAAUUGUACCACAUAUUUUUGGAUCACAUGAAAAUUGUAAAGAUGCUGACUGGUGUAGCUAUCAUCAAGAUCCAGAAAAAUUUACGUAUAAAAGUUUACCAAAUGGGAAACCGCUCAAGUCUGAAGGAUUAAAGGUUGAAUUGAAUAAUUUAGUGCAAAAAAUGAUUGGUAGGAGUAAUUCUUUAAAUGAUCUUGGAUCUACACAGUCAAAUGAAAGCUUUAACCAGCUUGUAUCUGUAAAGGCACCUAAAUCAAGACAUUAUGGUGGAUCAUGCUCACUUCAGAAUAGGCUAUCUGCAGCUGUGCUUCAGAAAAAUGAAGGAUAUGGCUACUUAUCCAAGGUAACUAUGAAAAUUUUUACAUCUUCUUUUUGAACGAAGGGUGACAUAGUGUUUGAAUAUGAGUGCUUCUUUUUCUUUCCUCUUCUAUUUCUUUCUUCUUCUUCAUCUUCUCAGAAAAGCCUGUUCAGACCAUAACUUUAUUAAUCUUUUGAUAUAGCAUAUAAUGAAUUUUUAGUAUGUGGGUAUAUCACUUGUGUCAAGUUCCAGGAUUGGUAACUAAGACCUUGACCUAAAGUUCAUUAAAAUUAAAUUUCUAGUACUAUCUUUAUGUCCACUCCAUGUCUUUUUGUCCGUCUGACCUUACUCUCACCCUCUUUUUUUUCCUCACUCUAACUGAAGUUUGCUUCAUCACGGAAAGUGAGUCACUUAUUGUUCUAGAGUCUUGAAUGCCCCUUUAUAACUUGGAAAAUUGCAAAUUGUUUUGUUUCCUUACUCUAACAUAAGUUUGUCUGAUACAACUUUUAUAAAACUGAUACAUAUAAGAAUCACAACACUCAGACAGAGUUCAAAUUUGUGUUGUGAUUCAUUUGUCAACCUAUAGUUCUGUCCCUUUUUAACUUGGAAAAUUGCAAAGCUACAGCGGAGGCAUUCAUGACAUCUUACACAUUCUCCUUUAAUAUUUUUUUUAUCUUUUUGAAACCAUAUUACAUGUUGCAUCCAAUGUUUAUAUACAAGGAGAUUACUGUAUUGCUUUUUUAGCCCUGCAGAUAUACAUUGUACAAUUUACAGUCACGAAUCAUGUUUAUCUAGUAUGUAACUCAAUUAUCUUCUUUCUUCUCAAAUUAUUAUCAGAUGUGGUAUGUGUGCUAAUGCAACAACUAUCCAUCCAAGUCAAGAUAUAUAAAGAGUAACCAUUAUAGGUCAAAAUAUGUGUUCACGAUGGAGAUUACUGUUUUUUCUUGAUUUUUAAUAUUUUAAUGCAUAUAUGUAUUACAUUUUA